AUGGCAACCGUCGAACACUGCCUCUUCUGUUUCGAGGCGCUAUCCGCCAGCCUCGAGAAGCGCACGCCCAUGACAUUGUACCAGGUGCAGUCGUCCUGGACCGCCUAUCCCAAGGGUCUCGACGAAGAAGAUGACGACGACGAGCAACCUGAGCUAGAGUCUUUCGACUCCUCACCGCCUUCAGACAAUGAGUCGGGAAAACCGUCGUCCUCGGUCCCCGUCCCCCGCAACCCUAUCUUAGAACGACUCUUCAACUCCUCAAGCGGCAGCUCAACGCCAGCAUCGUCUUCUUCUUCCUCAUUGUCACCAUCAACAAACAACACCACGCCAUCUUCGUCCUCUACCUCCUUCGUUCCUAUCGGGCUGCACCCCCGCCGAACCUCCCAGCGCUCCUCAAACAUUACCGAAUCCCCGCUCUUCAUAACCUGGAACACCAUCUCGCCCUCCUCCUCAAAGUCCCUACGAGGCUGCAUCGGCACCUUCGAGCCCCAACCCCUCUCCUCGGGCCUCAGUUCCUACGCCCUAACCAGCGCACUCUCCGACCACCGCUUCAACCCCAUCACCCUCCGCGAACUGCCCACGCUCGAAGUAUCCGUCACCCUCCUCACGGACUUUGAAAAUGCAAAGGACCCAAUGGAUUGGGAGCUCGGCGUGCACGGUAUUAGGAUCAGUUUCUAUGCGCGGAAUAAGCGGUAUGGAGCUUGCUAUUUGCCGGAUGUGGCGCCAGAGCAGGGGUGGGAUAAGGAGGAGACGAUUGUGAGCUUGAUGAGGAAGGCGGGGUGGGGUGGGAAGAGGGAGAAGUGGAGUGAGGUGGGGGAUCUCAAAGUGGUGAGGUUUCAGGGGAUGGCGGAGAGUGCCGGGUGGGAAGAGUAUAAGCAGUGGCGGGAUUGGGUGAAGAACGGGGAGCAAAAGAAUAAUUAG